AUGGCACUCAAGAACUUAUUCAGAAAGAAAGAACCAUCCGAGCAGGAAUUGAGAGAUGAACUUAGAGGGGCCGGAAUCAUGACCAGCACCAGCGGAAGAAAGCAAGAGCAUUUUGGCCAGUUUAGAUUCUCUAGCCAGAGAAAUGAUUCAAAUCCAUAUUCUUCGAUAAACACUACUUCGUCCACGAAACCAUACACUCAAACCAGUUCCUUUUUCACUAACACUACUCGAGGAAGUCUGUACACGUAUGGAAGCGUUGAAAAUAGCCGUAUUCCUACUACUAGCAGAGAAGGAUAUACUCCCCCAGUAGCUAGGAGUAAUAGCGACCCAUAUGGAAUUGCCACAAGUUGGACCAGCCCAACAGUUUCUCAGCAAUCAGCCACGUAUAGAGACCAACAUACUGUGGACCUCAACGAGCUUCCUACAGAUAUGUCGAAUCUUCGGAAGAAGAAAAAGUCUACACGUCGUCCUCCAAAAGGUGACGACCCAGAUCUCAAUUCUGUUUCUCGAAGAGUGGAAGUUGACUUGAACGAAGAUCCAAAUGAUGUUGAAGUACAAACGGAAGAAACAAUGGAUUUAGAAGAGAAGGAGAUACGCUCAACCAAAGAGGAGAUUAAAUUUGUGAGGAAGGAAUCUCUCUUUUCUACUAAGACGACCUUGAAUAUGGCAAAACAAGCUGACGAUUCAGCAACAAAUACUAUGAAAAUAUUGGAUUCACAAUCCGAAAAGUUAUACAACACCGAGCAGAAUUUGAUGUUGGCAGAUGUUCAGAAUAAGAUUGCUAACGAAAAGGCUAAAGAGCUCCAUAGAUUGAACCGUUCCAUAUUCAUACCCGCUUAUGGUUUCAACCAAAAGAAGAGCCUUGCGGAGCAGGAACAAAGAAUUAAGAGCUUCAACGAACAAGGUAAACCUUCUCAGGAAGAAACCCCAAAUAACAUAAAGGGAAAUUCAGACAGACUCAAGAAUGAUAUCAGUAGAAGUCUUUCAUUCGAACAUGGAAGAAGGAAACCUUUAUCACCCAGAUAUCAAUUUGAAAAUGAAUCUGAAGAUGACGAAAUGGAACAGCAAAUCGAGGACAAUUUGGAGCAAAUUGAUUACUUUUCUCGAAAAUUGAGCAAAUCUGCUUCAGUAAUUGGACAAGAAAUGGAUUCCCAAAAUGCUACAUUGGAAGUCCUCGAACAAAAUGCUGACAUUGUUGACUCCAAUAUAUUGAGAAAUACAGAAAA